AGUUUAUAUGGAAUAAAAUUUGUAUUGAAAAAUAUAUUUAUAGACCACAGCAACCCUAUACCACAUCUGUAAUAAAUGUCAUUUCGAAUUGAGAUUGUAAAUACUUCAUGCACAUUUAUUUUCUUCAUCCUAUAACUUGGAAAUUUCUGUCUUAGUAAAAACUAGAGCAUGGUUACUCAGGAGCAGCUGAAAGCCAUUGGUGCUGUCCUAAAUAAUAAGGAACGCCCUUUAAAGGAACGUUUUCGAGCUUUAUUCACUCUAAAAAAUCUUGGAGGAGCUGAAGCGAUUGAAGAAAUUAGUCGUGGGUUUUCCGAUGAAUCAGCUUUGUUAAAACAUGAACUAGCCUAUUGUCUGGGACAGAUGCAGGAUAAAAGAGCCAUAGACAUUCUAACAAAUGUACUCGCUGAUACGAUGCAAGAACCUAUGGUAAGGCAUGAAGCCGGUGAAGCGCUUGGCGCCAUUGGUGCACCAGAGGUCAUUCCAAUUCUAGAACAAUACAAGGAAGACCCUAUAGUGGAAGUGGCGGAAACGUGUUCAAUCGCAUUAGAUCGUGUUCGUUGGCUGCAGAGUGGUCAAACAGUAGAUGACAAAAAUCCCUACGCAUCAGUAGAUCCUUCGCCUCCAAUUAGCGGAAAUAAAAACGUCGAAGAUUUGAAAACUAUUUACUUAGAUCCUAAUCAAAGCUUAUUUGACCGAUAUCGUGCUAUGUUCAGUUUACGUAAUUUGGGUACCACGGAAAGUGUUUUAGCUAUCGCAAAAGGUUUAAAGGAUCGCUCGGCACUAUUUCGCCAUGAGGUCGCUUUUGUAUUGGGCCAAAUUCAAGAACCAUGCAGUAUUUCUUAUUUGAAGGACAACUUGGAAGAUCAAAGUGAAAAUGAAAUGGUGCGUCAUGAAUGCGCAGAAGCUCUUGGAGCGAUCGCUACGGAGGAAUGUGUCAGCAUAUUAAGUCGUUAUGCGUUGGAUGAAAAAAGAGUUGUAAAGGAGAGUUGCGAAAUAGCUUUGGAUAUGUGCGAGUACGAGAACAGCCCUGAAUUCCAAUAUGCCGAUAGUUUGGGCAAAUUAAGCACAUAAGAUAUACAUAUGUAUAUAUUAGUCCGUGAUUUAUGUGUAUAUAUAUUCCUUGUAAACUCAAUUAACUUUUUUAUAUAUUUAGAACAGUAAUAUAUGAUAUGUAUGUACAAGAAAACUAUAUUGAAACUCCAAAAAUAAUAGAUGAAAAUUUCAGUAAAACUGAAUUAAUAAUGUAUGUAACGAA